AUGAUUACAUUCCAUUACUUAGAUCAUAACAUCCAUCAUUUUUCAUCUUUUCACACUCACGAAAUACAUAAAAACUCAAUUUUGACGAUUUAUUUAACAACAUCCAUACAAACUCCUCACCAACAUGGGCAGAUGCAGAACACUCGCGCUCCUUCUAACCAGAGAUUUCAAUGCUCUUCAUUUCUGGCUUCUUCACCUCCAUUUUCGGCACUGUCACCGUCAGCACUCCAUUCUCCAUGUUGGCCUUCACCUCUUCUACUUUCGUAUUCUCCGGCAGCCUGAAUCUCCUCAUGAACUUCCCACUGCUUCUUUCAAUUCUAUGCCACUUGUCGUUCUCCGGCAGCCUGAAUCUCCUCAUGAACUUCCCACUGCUUCUUUCAAUUCUAUGCCACUUGUCGUUCUUCUCCUCCUGCUCUUUGCUUCUCUCUCCGCUGAUCUGCAGAACUCCCCCUUCUUCAAUUUCAACCUUCACUUCCUCCUUUUUGAUCCCCGGAAGAUCCGCCUUCAACACGUGGGCUUCUGGGGUCUCCUUCCAGUCGAUGCGGGUGUUGGCAAAAGCAGAGGUCUCACGAGCAGAGGAGGGGAUCGACAAACACAGCAAACAGAAUUCCAAUUCUAUCAAUCUCAAGUAUCACUUUCAGCGAUUCUACUAUCUAAUUCACCAACAACGACGAUGGCGUUGAUUCCAAGCAUUUUUGGUGGGCGCCGGAGCAACGUCUUCGAUCCCUUCUCCUUAGACGUUUGGGAUCCUUUCGAAGGCUUACCAUUUUCAAGCUCUCUGGCCAACGUCCCCUCCUCCUCUGCUUUUGCCAACACCCGCAUCGACUGGAAGGAGACCCCAGAAGCCCACGUGUUGAAGGCGGAUCUUCCGGGGAUCAAAAAGGAGGAAGUGAAGGUUGAAAUUGAAGAAGGGGGAGUUCUGCANNNUGAAGAAGGGGGAGUUCUGCAGAUCAGCGGAGAGAGAAGCAAAGAGCAGGAGGAGAAGAACGACAAGUGGCAUAGAAUUGAAAGAAGCAGUGGGAAGUUCAUGAGGAGAUUCAGGCUGCCGGAGAAUGCGAAAGUAGAAGAGGUGAAGGCCAACAUGGAGAAUGGGGUGCUGACGGUGACGGUGCCCAAAAUGGAAGUGAAGAAGCCAGAAGUCAGGAGCAUUGACAUCUCUGGUUAAACACGGUUGGUUCUUCUGCUCCUUCCUGAUCGGGCAGAAGUAAGUUGUUGAAAUGGGUGGGUUUCUGAUUUUGAUGUUUUCCACAAUGUUUUUGAAUGUGAAAAAGAUGAAGAAAAUGGUUUGUAAUUUCCGGUCUAUUUGUGGGCUAUUUCGGUUUUGUUUAUGAUGUAUGAAAAAGAAUGUGUAAGAGAAAAUAUAUGAAAAAGAAUGUGUAAAAGAAAAUACAUG